AUGAAUCCUGAAGUGACCACUGACAUAUUACACCUUAUUCAACGGGAGAUUACUGUGCAUUUCCAUGCAUUUGAUGUACACCCAGAGCUUAUUCCCCUUUGUGAAACAAAGACCUUAGCAGACCUUCGAGCGUUGAAGGGGAUGUGGACGCCGCCAAACACCAUACCUGUGGCGCCUGGCGCCUGGCGAUACCAGGCCAACAAAUGUACCGGAUGCAUGCUGGCCCGGAUUUCAUCUAAGAAGCAAAUACUCCGAGGUCUGCGAAUUGUGCUAUGGAGCCGUACCGACGACUAUAACAAAUAUAAUUUGCAUAGGUUGAUGGCAUUUGUUGAUGACUGUAUUGGUCAAUUCGACGAUGAUGAGGCUGAGGAAAUAUUUGCCACUGUCAUCAACCUGGCCCAUGAGAUGAAGGCUGUUCGCCAGGCCUGCAACGAUGCUAUCUCAGGUAAGCUUGAUGCAAAGCAGAUCCAUGAAAGAGGCAGAAAUUCCCAUCAUGUCGACUCCUUUCCAGGUAGUGAACCAGGCAGGCUUAGACCAUCCGGGCCGAUCCCGACCUCUCAUCAAUCGUACCACCUUCCUUCAAAAGCGGACAAUGAAGGUGACGAAGCCUGGGGAGAUCUGCCUCGGCAAGUUGAUCAUGUGAUUGAAAUUUACAAUGGGGUCAGUCUCAGAAGCCCUUAUAGCAAGGCGAAAUUGGUUCCCGAGGCAAUGGUUGCCAAUUUGGACAUUCCGGAUAAAGAGGUCUGGAUGAAGAGAACGCCCAGAAGGGACGGAGUUGUGGGUUUUCCGAGGUCCGAGUGA